GAUUGAGUACAAAAGUAAAAUUUGCAUGUGGGAAGAUUUUAUACUGCCACCAUCUUGCCUGGCUAACUCCGACAGGCUUCUUCCGGCGCUCGCUGUAACAUCGUAGAUCAUGUCGACCCCAGCAGCAUUUGCAGACUCGCCAACAGCACAAUCCCAGCCUUCUCCUUACACAUACUACCCCCCGGGAACCUUUCCUGAUGUAUCUCAGCCCCAGUCCUCUCAAACCGCUACUACGGCUCCAGGCUCAAGCUCCUCUACAACCGCAACAACUCAACCACAAUCCCGUCAGGCAGCCGAGGAGGCCCGCAAGGAUCGUACCCUAGCUGAAUUCCUUGUUAUGCUUGAUGAUUAUGAACCCCUGAUUCCCAAUGAAGUAACAGACUACUAUCUCCAGAGGGUAGGAUUUGAAUGCGAAGACGUGCGGCUAAAACGCCUGCUUUCCCUAGCCGCGCAGAAGUUCGUAUCCGAUAUUGCUGCCGAUGCCUACCAGCAUGCUCGUAUACGUACGAACGCCGUUGGUGGCCGCGCUCGGGGCCCCCUUACUGGACCAGGGUCAAAGGAUAAGACAAGGACCGCGCUAACCAUGGAUGACCUGAGUGCCGCGUUGGCCGAGUACGGCAUUAAUGCAAAAAAACCAGAAUUUUAUCUGUGAGCAUGCAGAGGAGUUGCGUUUUCACUGUCACUUGUUCCAUGUAUUCUAGAUAGUAGCAAGCACAAUAAACCAAUGGCAAGUGCUAGUGAAAGGGGAAACACUAUGA